AGUUCUUAUUUUCUUAAUUCCACAUUUCUCUCUCUUGUCCCCACAGGAAAGUUCUUACUUGUACUGGGCAGUCUGGGCUGGCUCAAAGUGUAACCUUUUGUGUCUCUGCAUUGAUUAAAUCUAGAGAUAUUUUGCUCACCCAUGUCAAUGAAGAGCUAAGAAGUUGCAAUUCUAGUAUUCCAGUCCUUGAAAUUUCAAGAAAUGAAGAGGUUUUGGAGAGUGUGAAGUAUUGGGGCAUUUGUGAUUUCCCACCACCUAACCCUGUUUCUACUUCUUCAUUCUCCACCAACACAACCGCCUCCUCAUUACUGGGGUGGUACCAUUUGUGGCUCUCAUUUCUUAAAGCCACACACACAUGUUCAGGCUCACUACAUUGUACAAAUCCAUAAUGUCUUUAUUUCAUGUUUUUCUUCUUGUCUGUAAUGGUGGGUUGACAGUCCAAGAAUGAUUCCUGGGAUUUGAUCUUUUGCUGUUGUUCUCUUUCUUCUUUCUGGGGGAGAUAUGGUGGCACACCACAGAUUCAUGAUGCUCAAGUUUUGUUUGGUUCUCCUCACUGCUUUCUCAGUCCCAGAAUCUGCAGCAGGCUUUGAUUUGCUUUCUUGGAAAGUGGGUUCAGUAUUUCACCACUUCAAAGAAGCGAUAAAUGAAGCUGGUUAUCAUGUGACUGGAGGAUCACGCCUAGUACUCUUGCAAGAUGCAGUACCAGCAUCGUCUCCUACAUCGAUUCCUCCAAUUGAAGGGCCCAGUGCACCUUCUAAACCAGCUUUCGUCCGCCAUGGAAAGAAUCAGAUGGAUGGUUCUGCAACUUUUCCUCCAGUUUCAUCCCACGAAAGCCAUCAAACGAGAAACAAAUUGAACAGCUAUGCUCCUGAGCCAAGCUGGCAAGAGCAUUGGCCUUCAAUCUCCCCGUCUCAAUCUCCUUCAUCCCUGGAUUGGGGUUCAGCAACAGCUCCAUCAAGCCAUUUCACAGUGCCUGCACCACAGCCAGCUCCUUCUCCAACUAGUCCUUUGAGAAUGAACGAGAUAACUCCACCGCCAUUCCCAGUUUUGGCAUUACCACCUCCACCUCCUAAUCAAGAUUGUGCACCAUUGAGGUGUACAGAGCCUCUAACCUACAUGCCUCCUGGAUCCCCUUGUGGUUGUGUAUUGCCUAUUAAAGUUGCGCUCCGCUUUAGUAUUACCCUAUAUGCAUUUUUCCCAUUGGUCUCCGAGCUUUCUAAGGAAAUUGCUUCCAGCAUUUCAUUAAAUCAAAGUCAAGUACACAUUAAGGGAGCAAACACUGUCAAUCAGCAGCUCGAGAAAACCAUUGUACUCAUAAACUUGGUACCUGCUGAUGAAAAAUUCAGUGCUUCUGCUGCAUUUGCGAUCUAUGAUAAGUUCUGGAAGAGGGAGGUUUCCUUGGAGAACUCUAAAUUUGGUUCCUAUGAAGUGGCUUAUGUUCUCUAUCCAGGGUUGCCACCAUCUCCUCCUGCAUUGCCCUCAUCUGGGGUUUCUGUUGAUGACCUCCCUUAUCCUACCAACGACAAUAAUGGAAGGACAAUAAAACCUUUAGGAGUAGAUGUACCAAGGAUCGGGAAGAAUGGCAUCGGGAAAAAUAUGAUCAUCGUGAUUGUUCUGUCGUCCGUGACAGCUUUUGUUGUAUGUAUAGGAGUUAUUUGGAUUUUGUGGCUAAAAUAUGGGUGCUGUACUUAUCGGCCUGUGCAAACCCCACAUGUUUUGAUAUCUUCUCAGGGGAAAACAUCAGGUGCUGCUGGAUCUAUGCUGUUUGGGAGUAAGACUGGCUCAAGAUCGAUCUCGUUCAGUUCUAGCCUUCGAGCCUAUGCGGGAACUGCCAAGAUUUUCAGCACGAGUGACAUAGAGAGAGCCACUGACAAUUUCAAAGCCUCGAGGAUCCUUGGGGAAGGUGGUUUUGGGCUUGUGUAUAGUGGCGUCCUUGAUGAUGGAAGGAAGGUUGCAGUGAAGAUUUUAAAGAGAGACGAUCGGCAGGGCAGCCGUGAGUUGUUGGCAGAAGUCGAGAUGCUAAGCCGGCUACAUCAUAGAAAUUUGGUCAAAUUGAUAGGCCUCUGCCCCGAGGAACAUUGCCAUUGCCUUGUCUAUGAACUUGUUCCUAAUGGGAGCGUCGAGUCCCAUUUACAUGGAGUCGAUAAGGAGGCUUCUCCGCUUGAUUGGUAUGCUAGAAUGAAGAUUGCAUUGGGUGCAGCUCGAGGAUUGGCCUAUUUGCACGAGGAUUCAAGCCCCCGUGUAAUACAUAGAGACUUCAAGGCAAGCAAUAUUUUGCUGGAGCACGAUUUUACCCCAAAGGUUUCGGAUUUUGGAUUGGCUAGAGCAGCAAUGGAUGAGGGAAACCGACAUAUCUCAACACACGUUAUGGGAACUUUUGGGUAUGUUGCUCCUGAAUAUGCAAUGACUGGUCAUCUCCUCGUCAAGAGUGAUGUCUAUAGCUAUGGUGUUGUUCUUCUCGAGCUUUUGACUGGGCGAAAGCCAGUGGAUUUAUCACAACCGGAAGGUCAAGAAAAUCUGGUUGCCUGGGCUCGUCCCCUCCUCACAACCAAGGAAGGUUUAGAAAUGCUGAUUGACCCGACUAUAAGUUCAGAUAUCCCAUUCGAUAGCUUUAUCAAAUUUGCAGCAAUUGCAUCCAUGUGUGUUCAACCAGAAGUAUCUCACCGCCCAUUUAUGGGCGAAGUUGUUCAAGCACUGAAGCUGAUUUGCAACGAGUUUGAUGAGACAAAAGAGCCCGUGUCAAGAAGUUGCAGCCACGAGGACUUCUCGGGUUAUAUAGGCAGUAAACAUGGUAGACAGUCGGGCGAUUUUGUGGAAGCUUCACAGUUUUAUGAUCCCACUUUCGCUGCUAAGGUAUCGUUAUCAGCAUCGGAUUUAAAGAGUGCAUCAACUAGACUUGAAUUAGCGGAAUCUGAGUCUUUUAGGAGGCAGUUUAACUCUGCUCCUUUGAAAAUGGGAAGAAAAAGGAAUUUCUGGCAACGUUUGAGAAGUCUGUCUAGCGGGAGCAUGAGUGAGCACAGUUUUUCAUCAGUACUAUGAUGAAACUCGACUUCUAUUCUGCCUAUGAUGUUUUCUUACAUAUAUGAACUGUAGACAUUAGACAAGUUGUGUUCUUGCCAGGUCAAACCGUUACUUCCAUGACUUCUGUUCUGGCUAUGAUGUUUUCUUCAUAGCUUUAGACAAGUUGUGUUCUUGAAUCUUUUACCGGGCUUUGUUCUAGAUCUUGUAAACAGUCAAAAUAAAUGAAAGUUUCGAACUUUUUUC